AUGCCUAUUAAUCAGAAUAAAAAGGUCGAUCGUCGAACACUUGCCAAGACCAUUGAGAUGCUAGCAGCAAACCAAAACCUAGAUCAUGUGGUGUUACGCAAUGACAUUGAGCAUGUUCUGUGCCAAGAGUUUGCUACUAUUCUAGGGGUUGAUAUCGGCAUUACAAGCAGCUUCUUCGACCUUGGUAGCUACUCUUUGAUGGCUACCAAAGUGGUUUCGCGCAUUAAUAAUCGUUUGGAUUGCAAAAUUAGUGUAUUUAACUUCUAUCAAUUCCCUAUAGCCGCAGCGUUGUGUGAAUUGAUCAUGAUGGGAGUAAACACUGUCUAG